GGCCGAGCGCUGACCUGACGUCAGCCCCGCGGCCCGGGCAGUUGGCUCGGCGGCGGCGCAGCGGCAGGAGCGUCGGCGCCGAGCGGGGCCGCGCGGCGGGGCGCGCGGGGCGGCGGCGGCGGCGGCAGGGCCGGAGCAACAUGGCGCCGGUGGGCGGGGGCGGGCGCCCGGGCGGCGGGCCGGCCCGAGGGCGCCUCCUCCCGGCGGCGCUGGCGCUGCUGGUGCUGCUGCUGUGGGCGCGGGGGGCCGGGGGCGAGGGCGGCCCCCGGCGCGGCGCCAUCGUGGGCAUGAGGCUGGCGAGCUGCAACAAGUCGUGCGGGAUGAACCCGGACGGCAUCAUCUUCGUGUCGGAGGGCAGCACGGUGAACCUCCGGCUGUACGGCCAGAGCCUGGGCGACGUCUCCAGCAGCCUCAUCUCCUUCACCGAGGUGGACAACGCCGAGACCGCCCACAACUCCACCAGCUGCCUGGAGCUCACCAAGGACCUGGUGGUCCAGCAGCUGGUCAACGUGAGCCGCGGCAACACGUCCGGGAUGCUGGUGGUGCUCACCAAGUUCCUCCGCCGCAGCGAGAACAUGAAGCUGUACGCGCUGUGCACCCGGGCGCAGGCCGGCGGGCCCUGGCUCAAGUGGACCGACAAGGACUCGCUGCUCUUCAUGGUGGAGGAGCCCGGCCGCAUCCUGCCGCUCUGGAUGCACAUCCUCCUGGUCCUCGUGCUCCUCGUGCUGUCGGGCAUCUUCUCCGGCCUCAACCUGGGCCUCAUGGCCCUGGACCCCAUGGAGCUGCGCAUCGUGCAGAACUGCGGCACCGAGAAGGAGAGGCGCUACGCCCGCAAGAUCGAGCCCAUCCGGCGCAAGGGCAACUACCUGCUCUGCUCGCUGCUCCUGGGCAACGUGCUGGUCAACACCUCCCUCACCAUCCUCCUGGACAACCUCAUUGGGUCCGGCAUCAUGGCCGUGGCCUCCUCCACCAUCGGCAUCGUCAUCUUCGGGGAGAUCCUGCCUCAGGCCCUGUGCUCCCGGCACGGGUUGGCCGUGGGCGCCAACACCAUCGUUCUUACCAAACUCUUCAUGCUGCUCACCUUCCCCCUCAGCUUCCCCAUUAGCAAGCUCCUGGACUUUUUUCUGGGCCAGGAGAUCCGCACUGUUUACAAUCGGGAGAAGCUGAUGGAGAUGUUGAAGGUGACGGAACCCUAUAAUGACCUCGUGAAGGAGGAGCUGAAUAUGAUCCAGGGUGCCCUGGAGCUGAGGACCAAAACCGUAGAGGAUAUCAUGACCCCGCUCCAGAACUGCUUCAUGAUCCGAAACGAUGCUAUUCUGGACUUCAACACUAUGUCGGAGAUUAUGGAGAGCGGUUACACACGCAUUCCUGUGUUUGAAGACGAGCAGUCUAAUAUCGUCGAUAUUCUGUAUGUCAAAGACCUGGCCUUUGUGGAUCCGGAUGACUGCACCCCGCUCAAGACCAUCACCCGCUUCUACAACCACCCGGUGCACUUUGUUUUCCAUGACACCAAGUUGGAUGCGAUGCUGGAGGAGUUCAAGAAGGGGAAGUCCCACCUGGCCAUCGUGCAGAAGGUGAACAAUGAGGGCGAGGGCGACCCCUUCUACGAGGUGCUGGGCCUGGUCACUCUGGAGGACGUCAUCGAGGAGAUCAUCAAGUCUGAGAUCCUGGAUGAGUCGGACAUGUACACUGACAACCGAAGCCGCAAACGGGUGUCUGAGAAGAACAAGCGUGACUUCUCAGCCUUCAAGGACACCGACAGUGAACUCAAAGUAAAAAUCUCGCCGCAGCUCCUUCUGGCUGCCCAUCGCUUCCUGGCCUCAGAGGUGUCCCAGUUCAGCCCGUCUUUGAUAUCCGAGAAGAUCCUGCUGCGACUGCUCAAGUACCCGGAUGUCAUUCAGGAACUCAGGUUUGAUGAGCGUAACAAGUACUGCUCGGGCCAUUACCUGUACACCCGGAACAAGCCGGCUGACUACUUCAUUCUCAUCCUGCAGGGGAAGGUGGAGGUGGAGGCAGGGAAGGAGAACAUGAAGUUUGAGACGGGCGCCUUCUCGUACUACGGGACCAUGGCCCUGUCUUCAGUCCCCACUGACCGAUCCCCGUCCCACCCGGUCCCGCUCAGCCGCUCCGCCUCCCUCAGCUACCCGGACCACAGCAUGGACGUCUCCCCCUCCGCCACCCUCACCAGCAGCUGUAACCAGUUUGGCAGCUGCGGCCUGGGCCAGUACACCUCCGACUUCAGCGUCCGCGCCCUGAUGGACCUGCAGUACAUCAAGAUCACCCGGCAGCAGUACCAGAACGGGCUGCUGGCCUCCCGCAUGGAGAGCAGCCCUCAGUUCCCCCUGGACGGCUCCACCUCCUGUGCCGAGAACUUUUCCGAGAAGUCCCAGCUGUCGGUGGUGGACGAGACCACGACUCUUCUCAAUGAGCGCAACUCCUUGCUACACAGAGCCUCCCAGGAGAGCGCCAUCUGACAGGAACUGGCCCUGCUGUGUUCCUGACGGCGCCAGGUGGAGCAAACGCAUGGCCACGUGAGCGGGUGCGAAGCAAAAGGAGCAGGUGCACACCCUUCUGCAGCUACCUCUUUGCACAUGGUUACUACCAACUGACAGGCCUCUCCCCUCCCCUCCUCACCCGCCCCACUGACAAUCACUUCUUGCAGAGGGUCGUAAUUAUUUCCAAAUAUUACUGGUCCAAUGACUUCCUCCUCCCAGUGCAAUUUUUCACUUCCUAUUCCAACCUCUGGUUCCUAGGCUGAGCCAUACCCCGGAACUACUCCGCAUGUCUCCCACGUGAGACUUCGCCGUUGGCAUCCAAAUGGGUAGGCGAUCACAGCCACCUUAGCAAAUAACUCCUAUUUAUUUUGCAUAAAAUUUUAAUUUGUAUAUUUUUGUGAUUUAUUUUGGCAUUGUUAUGAGUUUGACUCUCGGGGAGUUUUGUUGUUAUGACUCUUGUGUCUUUUGUCACAAAACAAUGAUAAUAUUUGCUGAACAAUAUAUGGAAUUUAUUUUUGAUUGGUAAUAAAAUGAAAUAUGUUUAAGUCUU